GUGUGCAGCAGCAGCAGCUCUUCCUAUGUGUCUCCUUCUCCCUUUCUAAUUAACUCCUCCCCUCCCCUCACCUCACCUCAUCAUCCCAUCUCAUCACUCGCCGCCCAAAAAGCUGCCUCCGCCGCGUCCUCUCCUCCCCCUCGCCGCGCACCACCACCACACAAGCCAAAAUUUCCCACCAAGCAGCUUUUUUGUCCUCCCUUUUUUUUUUCGUUUUUGGGAGGGCGAGGGGGCUCGGAGUUCGAUCGAUCAGCACUGCACGCGGCGGCUGGCGGCAUGCUGCUGCUGCGGCUGCGGAGGAGGAGGAGGGAGAGAUCGGGAGUGGAGCCGUCGCUUUCCGACGACUGACCGACCGCCUAUGGAUCUGGGCGCAUGGCGGGUUUCCCGUUAGGAGGAGGAGGCGGAGGAAGGCACGGCCGCGACGACCACCACCGUCCUCCUGCCGUUAAUCCCACCACCUCCGACGCCGCCGCGUUUCUCUAUCCGGCCGCCGCCUCCCGUGGCGGCUUCCAGCUAUGGCAGCAGCAGCCGCCGCCGCACCCCUUCUACGCCCCCGCCAACAUCAUCCGCUUCGCCGAUGACCCCGCCGCGGGGCCCGGCGGCUCCUCCUCGCGAGGAGGGAGGGGCCCCGGGGCCGGCCCCGGCGUCGGCACCAUCAACUGCCAGGACUGCGGCAACCAGGCCAAGAAGGACUGCACCCACCUCCGCUGCCGCACCUGCUGCAAGAGCCGCGGCUUCGAUUGCCCCACCCACGUCAAGUCCACCUGGGUCCCCGCCGCCAAGCGCCGCGAGCGCCACAGCCUGCUCGCCGCCGCCGCCGCCGCCGAGUCAUCCAAGCGCCCCCGCGACUCCGCCGCCGCGGCGUCCCACCCGACCUCCACAACGCCCACCACCUCCUCAGGGGAGCAGCAGAUGAUGGUGGGAGAGAGGUUCCCGCGCGAGGUGAGCUCGGAGGCGGUGUUCCGCUGCGUGCGGCUGGGCCCCGUCGACGAGGCCGAAGCCGAGGUGGCGUACCAGACCACCGUCAGCAUCGGCGGCCACGUCUUCAAGGGCAUCCUCCACGACGUCGGCCCGGAACCCUCGUCCGGCGGCGGCCUCGGCCGCCACGCCGCGGAGGGAUCCUCCCCGAGCACGGCCGCGGCGCCGGGCGGCGGCGAAGGCAGCAGCAGCGUCGCCGCGGCCGUGUCGUCAUCGGCUGUGGUAAUGGACCCGUACCCGACGCCCGGCCCGUUCGGCGGCGGCGCACCCUUCUUCCACGGCCACCCGAGGUGAUCAAACGGCCAGCUCGCUCGCCUUGACGGCCGCUCGCUCGCUCGCUUGCUUGCUUUAGGCAUCCAUGGCCGCCUUGCUCCGCUUCAUCAUUCAGCUUAGCUAGCUCUAAUUAUUAUUCAAUCAAUUGCUUCUCCUUGUUCAUCUCAUCAGUGAUGCAUAAAUUGAUGUGCUGCAUCUCACUGUUUCUUUAGACAAAUUAGCUAGGCAUCCAUGAAGUUCAUUAGUACUCCAUAAAGUUGGAACUGAGCUACUUAGGGAGCAAUGAUUAAAAAUGAAAAUCUCUGACAGUUAGUAAGUUUGGUGCCUUGGGGGAGUGGCUUGAUUGACACUCACCUUAUAUUCUCUCUUCUCUUGCAUGCCUUCUUCUUUUCUUUUCUUUCAUGUUUUUCAUUUCUAUGAUGGUGAUGAUGCUGUUCCCCUUGGCCUUGGGGUCUUUUCUCUGGCACUGCAAGUAGUUAAGGUUUCUUUGCCUUUG